UUCUUUAUCUUUUUUCCUUUUCUAUGACCUUUUCUCUCACCAGGUUGAUAGACUCAACUUUGUCAUUUUGGUUUACACUAGUGAGGCUAAUCCAUCAAAAUCAGGUUUGAGGUUAACCACUGCACGCAGUAUGCUCUUUAGCUUGUUGCUUCACUCUCUUCAUUGCUACUAAGUUUAGACCAUGGCUUGUACAAUCUCAACUGAUGCGUAUAAGAUCCAAAAACAUAAUGUGGAUGAUAUCAUUAGCAACUUACCCGAGGGCGUUCUUCUUCAUAUUCUUUCAUUGCUCCCUACGAAAGAUGCUGUAAGAACUUCCAUAUUGGCUAAGAAGUGGAAACAAUUGUGGACCUACUUAUCUGCAUUUGAUUUUAAUUUUCGUCAUCCUCGAUAUGACUUAGACCCCCGAAACCAGAACAACACGGAAAAUAGCCUCUUGGAUCAGAAAAACAAGGAAAAUAGCCUCUUAGAUCUAGUUGGAAGAUUACUGCAAAAAUCUAACCGCGUAGAAAGGCUUUGUGUUCAAAUAUUUAGAAGUGUUAUUGAUGCAGACAAAGUUAGUUCCUUAAUAUCUUCUGUUGCAAAGCACAAAAUGCAAUAUCUUAAACUUUCACUAGGUCAUCCAAAUGAUAAGUUUGUGUUACCACAUAGUUUCCCAGCUUUCGAGUCAUUGAAUGAACUGCAUUUAAACCUCAAAUUCACUCUGCAUAUUCCUAAUGGUAUUCAUUUCCCUAAGCUAAAGAACUUAGUAGUUUCAGAUGUUACCUUUGCAAAUGAGAAGUCAGUUCAACGUCUUUUUUCUGGGUGUCCAGUCUUACAAGAGUUGUCUUUGUAUGAUUGGUCUUGGGAGAACAUAAUGCAGAUUAGCGUUGCAAUUUCCACAUUAAGGAAGUUGACCGUCCAUUUUGACUUUGAUUGUGUAGAUUAUGAUCAUGGUUGUACAUUCAAGAUUGAUGCUGCGAAUCUUAUAUCCUUAAUAUGUUCAUGUGAUCCAACAAUAGAAUGUAUCCCUGUUAACCUUACCUCCAUAGUUGAUGCAGAUAUUAAUUUGUUUCCACCUGAUGAAGUAUUUGCUUCUCAGUGUGCAAUUGAGCUACUGAGUGGACUUAGCAAUGUCAAGUCUCUCAAACUAGCUAAUGAUACUCUUGAGUGUCUUUACCAUACAAAGGAUACUCUCCAUCUCCUUCCUUCAUUUGACAAUUUGACACAUCUUAAUGUGUAUUCUUGGAGUCCCGAGAACACUAAUGAAGUACUGAUGCACAUCCUUCGAAAGACUCCUAAAUUGGAAGUUCUUGAGAUUCCUAGGGUGGUACUUAACUACUUGGAUAGCGAAGAUUUGAUAUUGAACUCAGUUCCUUGCUGUUUCAAAUCUUCUCUCAGUCGAUUAUCCUUUUUAAAUUUUUAUGGAAAUGAAUAUGAAAUCCAAUUCGUUACGUUUAUCUUAAAAAAUGCCCCAUAUUUAGAGGAGAUCAAUAUACACUGUUCGAGACGUUUAUCAGCUGAUAUGGAGAAGCUGGAUGAUGCCCGCAACCAAUUGGAAGAUGUAUGCCUGGAAAGUUGUGCCAUCAAGUUUUGUUCCAGCUACUAUGAUGAUGAAUCCUCUGAUGAUGAAUUUGGUGAAGAUGAAGCUGCAAAUUCUGAGGUGCUCCCUGCUGCAGAUACACUUUGAAAAACUUCAUGCAUCAAGGAUGAAGACCCCCCAAAGGACAAGUUGUGCUAUCUGUCUCAGUGGCGUACAAUGUAGAUUUUUGUCUUCUGUGAUUCUCUGCUACUUAUUUAAUCUUCGGAUUCCUCAUUUGUUUUGCAUUAUAGUGGGUUGAAAAAGGUUUAUUUGUUCUUUAAGCACAUCUGUCAUAUCUUUAUUUCUGUUGUUAUAGUACCAAAUCGGUAGAUGUACAGUAUCUUUUUGUAGCAGUUGGAACUAAUGAGCUAUCACCAAUGUUAAAUUGCUUCUGAAUUUUAUAGGAAAUCAAAACCAGAACAAGUUUUUUCCUUAAGUAA